CAAAUAUACUCCUUAGUUUCUACAAUUCAUCAAACUAUCAAUGGCCUCAAGCAAAUCCUUCAUCACAACUCUACUUUUAGUUGUGACCAUGUCAAGCAUGAGCAUAAGCCUAGAAGCUAGACAUCUUUUGCAAACAACUACACAACCAAAUUUGCCUAAUAUUCCCACUUUGCCAAAACCAACUACAUUGCCACCUUUGCCUUCAAUUCCAACAUUGCCUCAAGGAAAUCUUCCUCCAUUUCCUACUACUAUUCCAUCUCUUCCUAAGCUUACUAUGCCACCACUUCCUAGCUUUCCUACUACCAAUAUUCCAACACUUCCAUCUCUCAACAUUCCACCGUUGCCGGCAGCCACUUCACUUCCCAACUUACCUUCAUUCCCAACCACUUUCCCCUCCAUCCCAUUUUUCUCUCCACCGCCUUCAACCUCUAGCCCGUAAUUAAACUCUUCCUCACUUGUUAUCUUUGCAUGCAAUAGACAUAAUUGCAUCAUUUCUUUAUUGUGUGUAAUGAAAUUGUACGGAGAUCGGUUAUGAUGAUUUGAUAGUAGUAUCUUUAUUGUAUUGUAUGGUGUAACAAGCCUUUGUAUUUCUUUUUUGUACCAAGUUUGGUGCUAUUGCUUGUAUACUUUUGAGUUUAUAUUAUUGAUUGAUGUUGAAUUACACAUAUAAAUACAAUUAUGAUGUCUUCUUUAUUCUUAA